CAAUGCUCAUUUGAGUUCCAGAUUUGAUUCGAUAAGCAAAAUAUUUGCCUUUUUUCAUUAUUAAUUUGGUGUCAACAAAUGUACGUAUAAGAGAUCGAACAUUUAAUCUUAGGGAGGAUAAUGCUAUAGCGAAUCUUCUUAUCAAGAUUUUGAUGUUGAAUUUGACGAAGAUUUAAAUAAAACGAAAAUUUGAAGUGGGGUUCUAAAUGAUCCAUUAAUCAGUCGGAAGAGAAAGUACCGAUCCGAUCCAAUCCAAAACCCUAAAAUCAAACGGUUGAUUCUUGGAAUAGUCCGUAUCUUUUUUUUAAAUUCAAAGUAGAAAGUAUUAUAAUCUCUUUCGAUGUUCUUCGGUACAAUUUGAUGGGAUUUCUCCAUGUUUGCCAUUUUGCGACAAAUUCAGGAAAGAUCUUUCAGUUUCUUAGUCUUCGUGUUUGCAUUAGUCGUUUUUUUGCAUCAUCUUCAUGCAUUAUUGAAUGUGAAAAAGGAACUACAGAGGAUUUCUGUAGUACCCAUGUGUCGUAUGUGCUUGAGCUACUGAAAUUAUGUGCAAAAAGACGGCUGUUCUUGCAAGUUGAUGUUGCACGCCAAGUGUUCGAUGAAAUGCCCAGCCGAAGUUUGGUGUCGUGGAGCACCAUGAUUGGGUCGCUGACUCAAAAUGGUGAGGAAAAUGAGGCUCUUGGUCUUUUCCUACAGAUGCAAAGAGAAGGAACCCCUUUUAGUGAAUUCACCAUUUCGAGUGUCCUUUGCGCCUGUGCAGCUAAAUGUGCUCUUUCUGAAUGCCAGCUGCUUCAUGCCUUUGCUGUUAAGGCUGCAAUGAAUCUGAAUGUUUUUGUUGCUACUGCGUUGCUUGAUGUUUAUGCAAAAUGUGGUUUGAUGAACGAUGCGGCUAAUGUUUUUGAGUCCAUGUCUGAGAGGAGUGUUGUCACAUGGAGUUCAAUGGCGGCAGGGUACGUGCAAAAUGCGAUGUACGAGGAAGCUUUGGCGUUGUUUCGUAAAGCAUGGGAAACAGGGUUGAAACAUGACCAGUUUUUAAUGUCAUCUGUGAUUUGUGCUUGUGCUGGAUUGGCAGCCAUGAUUGAAGGGAACCAGGUGAAUGCUUUGCUAUCUAAAUCUGGUUUUUGUUCAAAUAUCUUUGUUGCUUCAUCUCUUAUUGAUAUGUAUGCAAAAUGCGGUGGCAUUGAAGAAGCUUAUAAAGUAUUUCGAGAUGUCGAAUAUAGAAAUGUUGUUUUGUGGAAUGCUAUGAUAUCUGGCUUGUCUCGACACGCUCGAUCACUCGAGGUGAUGAUUUUAUUUGAGAAAAUGCAGCAAAUUGGCUUGAAUCCAAAUGAUGUUACUUUUGUUUCUGUGUUGUCUGCCUGUGGUCAUAUGGGUUUAGUUGAAAAGGGACAGAAAUAUUUUGAUCUGAUGAUAAAAGAGUAUCAUUUGGCACCAAAUGUCUUCCAUUAUUCUUGUAUGGUAGACGCUCUUAGUCGAGCAGGGCGGACCUCUGAUGCUUACGUUUUGAUCUGUAAAAUGCCCUUUAGAGCCUCUGCUUCUAUUUGGGGUUCCCUUUUGGCUUCUUGUAGGACUCAUGGGAAUCUUGAACUUGCUGAGGUUGCUGCUAAGAAUCUGUUCGACAUCGAACCACACAAUGCAGGGAACUAUUUGUUGCUGUCGAACAUGUAUGCAGCGAACGGUAAGUGGGACGAAGUUGCCAAGGCGAGGAAGCUCCUUAAAGAAAGUGAUGUGAAGAAAGAGAGGGGAAAGAGUUGGAUUGAGAUUAAGAACGAGGUUCACUUGUUUAUGGUCGGAGAGCGGAAUCAUCCUAAGAUAGCUGAAAUUUACUCGAAAUUGAAUGAGUUAAUAGAAGAGUUACAGAAGCUUGGUUACCAGGUGGAGACUCAGCAUGAUCUUCAUCAAGUAGAAGAGAGUAGAAAACAAGAACUUUUGAGGCACCACAGCGAGAAGCUUGCUUUUACUAUGGGAUUACUGUUUUUACCUCCCAAUGCACCUCUUAGGAUCAUGAAAAACCUUAGAAUCUGUGGAGACUGCCACUCUUUUAUGAAGCUUGCCUCGAAACUCGUUCGUCGGGAUGUCGUAGUUAGGGACACCAACCGAUUCCACCAUUUUACGAAUGGCCAUUGUUCUUGUGGGGAUUUUUGGUGAUUAGUAUAUAGUAUCAGGACCAUGGCAUGAGCUUGUUAAGAUGUUAGUUUUCGGAGUCGAGUUCUUAGAGCACCGAACACUAUGCUUCCGAGUUCCAACCGUGCAGCCAAAGCUUCUUCUUAUUAUUCAACACUAAACUUUAAACUACUGCAGGAUUGUUGAUCAGCUGGGCAGGUGGGGAUAGCUCCAAAACGAACUUUUCCAGGUAAGUUAAUCACAUUUUGUAGUUGAUUAGUUAGUUCCGCCGAUAUCGUGGUCUAAAGUAAGUCAUGUUACGUCACGCCUGUAAGGUUGGGCAAGCGCGAAAUUUAUUAUUUUGAGGGAGAUGUUUUUAGUGAAAUUUAUUAUU